AUGGAUCGUGCGGAAAGGCGUCGUACGCCUGCCAGGCUAGGAUACCCUCGUGCGGCACAGGCAGAGAUUGUCCGUUUACACCAGAAGGAUGCAUAUUAUAGAGAUCUAUUCUACGAACAAUUAAAGGAUGUGGCAACAAACCUAUUUGGAUCUCGUCGAACUCACCUGUAUGAAGAGGCUCUUGCACUGAUCGCGAGCGUUGCGUACUUCUCGCUGAGCACACUGGGUGGUGCACAGUCACUUGGUGAAGAGUAUGUGAAUUCCAUGAUGCGGCAUCGUUCUUCGGGGCGCGUUGUCAGCGUGAAGCGACGUGCUGUGUUUUUGUCCUUCUAUGUGCUGGCGCCUUAUGUAUUGACGCGGGCCUAUGGACGAGCACGUACAUGGAUUGUGCGGAAGGACCAGCGUAUAACGCAGCAACGUCAACGAGCGGAGCUACAGGCCCGUAUGGCCGAAGCCACCGGGGAGCUGGAUGUAGCAGCUCUCACGCAACGGCGAUCUUGGAAAGAUCGAGUGGAGGACAGCAUCCAAUGGCUCGCCGCGACACUGCCAGGCUCGCAUGUGCUUAGUGCGUCGGAUGGCUGGUUGGCCUAUGCAUCAGCAGCACAGCUGGCCGUCUUUUAUUUAUGGGGACGCUACUAUACCAUUGCCCACCGCCUUGCGAAGGUGGACUACAUCUAUGCGAGUGCACGUCGUCCCGGGUCCAAGCCAUUAUCGUACGAAGUGUUAGGUGUGUUGUUGGCCAUCCAGUUGAUUGUCAAGGCUAGCAUGUCACUUCAUCGUACGUGGACACAAGCCCAAGAAGCGCAAAAGGAAAUGCUCGAGGGAUCCGAUGCCAUGAAGGCAGCGCCUACCGCUAGUCGUCCUGCCCAGGCCGUGCAGUUGGAUCAUACCUUUAUCAAGCCCGGCGAUGAAAAUUCCUUGUCGCAAGGCGCCACGCUCUCUGCAACCUCUGUACCACUGCAGUACCCUGACGCAGAUGUGCCUGUUACACCUGAUCGUCUUGGUAUGGGCCCCAUCAAAACGGCUGCCGACCAAGAGCGUUGGGAUGCCAUGCAAGCGUCUGUACGCGCAAAGACGACACAGCUCGAAGCCAUUGCCGAGGAUGUAUUGCGCUGCACUUUGUGCAUGGACCGACGGGCGCCAGAGCAGGGCACAAGUGCUGUAACAGAGUGUGGACAUGUGUUCUGCUGGGACUGUAUUACGGAAUGGGCGAAGGAGAAGGCCGAAUGCCCCCUUUGCCGUCAAUCAUUACAGUGUGCCCGACUGAUCCCCAUAUAUAAUCUGUAA